CCCCCCGGGCCGGGGGCAGGGCUGGGGCCGUGGCGGGGCGGUGCGGCGGGGCGCUGAGUGSUGUCUCUGUGCGCAGGUGGCCUCGGUGCGGAUGCGGGGUCCGGGCGAGGCGCAGCGCCGCGGUCUCCGGCCGGUGCCGAAGAGCCGGCCGGGGACGGGAGACAUGGACUCCGAAGGGGACCUCCCGGAGGAUCAGCCCUCGGCCCUUAGGAGUGGGAUGGAGGAGCCCGAGAAGGAGGGAGAUGGUGCGGGAGGGAACACUGCCUGGCAGCAGAGCUUGAAUCCCGAGCUACAGCAGGGGUACCGCAUCCUGCGCGAGUUCCUGCUGGAGAAGUACCGGCCUCUGACGGCGCCGUUCCUGAAGCCCCUCGCGGAUCAGGCAUUUUUGGAGGAGGAAGGCGCUGGCUCCCUCCCUGGCCGUAAGAACAGCCAGUCCUUCCAGCAGUUGCCAGCUGGAAUAUGGCUACUUAAAAUGGAAGAGAAAUUUUCCAGUGGGCAGUACACAGGGAUAGCAGAUUUCGUGUGUGACUUCCGGCUGAUGCUGGAGACUUGUUACCGGCUGCACGGUGUGGAUCACUGGCUCUCCAAACAGGCCCAGAAGCUGGAGAUGAUGCUGGAGCAGAAGUUGGCGCUGCUGUCCCGGCAUUUAAGAGAAAAAACAUCAUUAGCUGUAACGUCUAGAGGAUGCUGUGGGCAGGAGGAUGAGAAAGCAGCAGCAUGCAUUUCUACAAGACGUCGUUCCACGCCUCGCAGCUUAGUGGGCUUGUCAACAGGCAUGUUUGAGUCUGUGAUGGUUCAGGUUCUAAGACAAGAGGAGCAACUGAGAGCAAAAGAGGAAAAGAGGCAGAGAGAUCAAGAAAGAAAAGAAGCAGAAGAAGCUAGUCAGAAAGAAAUAGAAGAAUGGGAAAAAACACUUUUAGCUCAAGCAGCACCUACAAGGAUGGAGACAAUGUGGGAGAUUCCAGCUAUUGGUCAUUUUCUUUGUUUAGCACAACAGAUUCUAAAUUUACCUGAAAUAGUAUUCUAUGAAUUGGAGCGUUGUCUUCUGAUGCCUCAGUGUAAUGUUUUUUUAUCUAAAAUAAUGACUUCGUUGUUAAGUCCUCCUCAUCGUAGAGCUACGUUGCAUCGCAGGCCUACAUUUUCCUACAGGACUUGGGAAGCAGCACUCAGAAAGAAAGUGCAACACUGGUAUACUGUUGUAGGGCAGACUGACAAUCCUAAUGGUGCUGCAGAAAAACUUGGAUUGUGUCCCCAGUUUUUCAAAGUGCUUGGAGAAGUUAAUCCUUUGGAGGAAAAACCAUUUCAUGAGCUACCAUUCUACCAAAAAGUAUGGCUGCUUAAAGGUCUCUGUGACUUUGUGUAUGAAACACAAAAGGAUGUUCAGGAUGCAGUACUAGGUCAGCCUAUCCAUGAAUGCAGAGAAGUAAUUCUUGGUUAUGACUGCUUGGAGAAUGCGUAUGUUCACUUUCCGCAGUUCUGUGGUGCAGAUGUUCGAAUUUACAAACAGAAACCUUUUCAGGCUCCUGAAUUCCCACCUCUUCCCAUCAAAGUCAAAAAAGUGCCACGUAUUAAAUCGGAAAGAGUUAAACAUGAAUGUGGAAGCAAAAGCAAUGGGGAGGUCAGUUCUGCUGGCAAAGAACUGCUGUGUCAUUCCAAGGCAGAAGGAGAGAAAAGUAUGGACUCCAUUGUAUGUCCAGAAAAAAACACCCAUUUAGAUAGCUAUAGAGUCACUACAGAGGAGGUGAAGAUUGACUGUGAAAUAAAAACCUCAAGAGUCUGUGAAGUUGAAAAACCUGGUUGUUACAAAGAAAACUUCAGGAAUUCRAUUACUUCAGGAGCAAUUGUUGAUAUGGAUGGUCACCCUAGUUCAGAAGAAAUAACAGAAGUGGAGAAUGGACAAGGUUGCACUCAAAUGGCCAGAGUAAGAUCUGAGCUGAGUCCAUUCAAAGAGAACACGCUGAAAGCUUACCAAAUGCAUGUCAAUGGCACUUAUGACAAMCAAGACACAAAUUACCAGGAAUCUGCUAAAGAAACAGUGCUAGAGACCUCACUGCAAAAUAACAAGAAACUAAUAAAGAUGCUGGCAAAAAAGAAGAAAAAGAAAAAAAAGAAGUUCAAGGAUAUUCUAAAUGAAAAUCUACAGAGAAAAUUUGAUGACUUGCAAAGAAAGCGUGAGAUUCAUCUUCAUCCAUUUAAAUCAUAUAAAUCUGAGAUCCAGAACAAGUUAUUUAUAAUUAAAAAGAAAGCAAAACAUAAGAAGCACAAGUCUGGAAAAAAGUCACUAGCUAAAAAAGCAAUCACAAAGAAGAGGAAAGAUGUCAGAAAGUCUACCAUACCAGAAUUUCAGCUUAUUUGCACUAAUCUUGAUGAACUCAGGGAAUUAAUCACAAAGAUUGAGAAUGAACUCAAAGAUCUGGAGGACAUUAAAAAGAAAUCGGGAAGAUGGUACCACCGAAAGCAAGCAGUAAAGGAAUUGCAUGGUACGUUGUUACGACUGCUUAAUGAACUGUUACCAUGGGAAUCAAAGCUAAUUAAAGCAUUUCAAAGAAACAGGUCUAGAUUGAAGAAGGACUAUGAUGACUUUAAAAGACAUCCAGACCAUGAUAAAUUUACCAGAGAAUUGUGGAGUAAUGAUGAAAGUGAAGUUGAUUCUGGCAAAGAAUCUUUUGCAGUAGUAUGCGGUAAAUCAUCAGAGUCUGCAGAACAUAUAGAAGUUCCCAAAAAAGAUCACUCAGACAAUGAUGAAAUGAAACUAUUAGAGAUGAAUUUACCUGCAGGAAAAAACAGAAUGCUGAAAAAAGAAUCAGCUUCUAAAGAAAUACAGAAGACACUGUCCAAAUGCAUUAAACGACAGUUCAAGCAAAGUAGUUGUCUGGAUCAAAGCAGUGAUGAGCUUUCACCAAGGAAGAAAGCUAAGCUGAGCACUAAUGAGGCUGUGGACCAGAGUUCAGAAAGUAGCCUGCAGUCAGGUAGUUGUAUGACUGAGCCAAAACAAUUUGAAGGGUCAACUCUAGAGYUGUUUUCCUUGACAGAUCCUUCAACAUCAGCAUCAAACUUUCUGAAAGGGACCAAACCCAUCCAGGCAUUGAUUGCCAAGAAUACUGGGAACAAAGUGACCUUAACAAAUCAACUGUUGCCUACUGCAGGCAUAAACAUAUCAACUUCUGAAAAGUCAGUUUUACCAACUUCAGAAUCAUCAUUGAUCAAACCAGCACUGCCCUGCCAGGCCAAUUCAAAGACUCCUUUACAAAUGGUAUACAAAAUGCCAAAUGGCCACUGUGUACCSAUAGACGUUCCCAACAGCUCAGUGAAAAUUCAAAUGCAAGCUAUGAUGGAUCCUAAAACUGGAGAAAAAGUCAUGCAACAAGUUCUUAUUUUACCUAAGAAUUUUCUUCUUCAGCAGAAGGAAGAAAAAAAUGCAUCCAAGGACAUUCAGUCACUACAACAAAAAUCACUUGAGAUGCAUUGUACAUCUUUACCAAAAAUGUCCAAUGUCAGUGUUCUGGUAACAGGCCCUGCAAAUGUCACUCAGUCACCCACUACAAUUAGCAAGAAUAGUACUCACUCGUCACCAGUGACUGGUCCCAUGAACACUAUACAACCAUUGCCUGAAGUAACUUCGGCAGAUAGGUUACUUUCAUCAGCAGUUAAGGUAAGGCAAACUGAAAAUAACAAAAUCAAGACUACAGUUUCGACUCCUACAUUGCCUGUAUCUGUGGCUUCACCUACUCUCUCUGCAGCUAGCCAGUCCUUGACACCAGCAACAGCAUUAAGUGCAUCUACAAACACUGAUUCUGCCUGUCAUAGUCUUGCACCACAACAGCAAGYUGACUCCCUUGAAACUAAGCAAGAGCUGAAGACGGUGUGUGUACGAGAAUCGCAAUCUAUUCUGGUCACAACACGAGGCGGAAACACCGGAAUUGUUAAAGUGCAAACAAACCCAGAUCAGAUUUCACCUAGUAGUUUAUGUUCUAGUUCAGUUUUCACUUAUGCAUCUCAACUUCAGGCCUUUCUUGUUCCAAAAACCACUGCAGUAUCGUGCUCUAGUGUUCCACCGGUAGCAACAGCCACAUCUGGUCUCUCACAUACUGGACAACCRUCUCCUUCUGGAUUUGUCCCCUCAACAGCUUCCUCUAUCAACAUUCCAGCUCUCCAUGCUGAUUUUACCAAGGCAAUGGAGAAAAAUAUCAAAUUCACACAACAGCAGCCAACUGUUCGGGACGCUUCGAGUCAAGUAAGAGAGCACUCCCGCCAUGUGUCUUCUUUAUCCUCCAUUUCAUUAGCUAGUAAUUUGGUAUCUGCAACUCCAAAUCCAAACAGUCCUGUUAGUGUGACUAGCCUUGGACAAAGUAAUUCUGUUAAGACACCAAACUCUUCUGUGCAGCAUCAAGGGGAUACUAAAACCAAAACACAAUUUAUUACACAAUCUGAGCCUAAUUGUGCAACAAAUGGAGAUUUAAUCAGUGGUACUGCAGUCCAGAAAUUUGCAUUAAUCACAAAUCCAACUAUUUUAUCUCCCUCUGGGGCAUCAGGGGUCAAUAUUAUACCCUCUCCAGCAUCCACUGCUGUUAAUGCUCAGAAGCUAGUUCUUAUUAACACACAAAUUGCCAAUGGCACAUCAACCACCAAUCUAGUUGCAGAGUCAUUGAAACAGAAUCUUCCUUCUUCCCUAACGAAAACCCUUGUAAGUGCCACAGAGCAACCACAGUUGGUUUUGAUCCCAUCUACCAUAGGAGCACCAGUCAGAAUUAAUUCAUCACCAACUAUUGCUCAAGUAAAAGAUGUGAAAAUUGGAUUAAAUAUAGGUCAAACUAUUGUAAAUACUAAAGGCAGUCCACAGGAGGCCCUACCAGUUAAUAUUUUGAACUCUGGCAUUUCUAAGGGAGAAGACAAAAUGAGCGCAGCCUUGAGCCCAUCCUUGACAAGUAGUACUGUGGUUCCUGUUCCAAGUUUCAUUAUGUCACCUAAUGAAUCUGUAUGUGUUGCAACAAAAGCUGUAAAUGCCUUUACAGUAACAACAGCAAAUGCAUGUGUAGAAUCUGUUUCAGUAACAUCAAGUGGCACUUCCUCUGGGACACAGCCUACUGUCUUGAUUGAUGCCAAUGAUCCCACAAAAAUAAGGCCAGUUCUGGGUAAUCGACUUUAUACAUCAAAUACUGGAAAUACUGUGGGUAUAUCAACUGUAAAAACAGGACAUCUUGCUUCAUCUGUGCUGAUUUCAACACAGCCAACAGUAUCUCCACAAAGUUUAGCAUCUGCUCUGCAAUUUCCAGUCAUUAGCUCACCUGGAUCUGCAGGCACCCCUCACAAGGUGUUACAUACAGUUCCUCAGUUGGCAGCAGYUCCAGCUCCUGUUCCAGUACCAAAAAGCCAGUUGCCCACACUGGUUCAGUUUCAGUCAUCAGGAAUUUCAGCUGCUGUGUCAAACCAUGCAGGUAUUCACAAACCUCAGAGUGUGUUGCCCCCUCCAUCACCAAAUACAGGUGAAGGCAUUAGUUUUCCCAAUUUUUCUGCCCUACAGUGCCAGCAGGUGCCUCCCAGUACAGACAAGCAAAGUAAUGCUUGUACUUGUGCUUCUACUUGUGUUCAGAUGUCUGAAGCUUCACCACCUGUAACAAGCAAAACAGGAGGUCAGUUCAAUGAACCUUCCAUUCAACAGAAAAUAGUCAUUAAUACCUGUAUGCCUUUGGCACCUGGAACUCAGAUAAUGAUUAAUGGUACUCGUUUUGUUGUUCCACUGCAAGGCCUUGGAGCUGGCAGCCAUGUUCUUCUUCUCUCCUGUAAUACGAAACAGACUCCUUUAACUGUUAACCAUGGUCAAGAGCCUCAAGGUGUACCAACUGUUAAUCCAAUAACCUCGAAAAUCAUCCUAGCACCAAGUCAUUCAUUAAGUUGGCAAAUACCAAAACAUCCUUUGAAAAGCUCUACAAAAAUUGUGAACUCUUUUGGAGCUGCAGAUGCUUUACCUGUUGUACAUGCAACACCCCAGAUAUUUAGUGCUCCAGCUAGCUCAUGUACUCCAUUGUCUGCGGGAAAUCUGUCUGUAUCUUCAGUGGCAAAAUCUCCUGUUAAUGUAGCUACAUCUUCUGUUUCUGCUGUUCAUCCUCCAAAUUCUCAUUUACCAAGCAGCACUUCAAUGUUUCACUUAGACACUUCUAUCAAAAAACUGUUGGUCAGUCCAGAGGGAGCCAUAUUGAAUGCACUACAUACUCCAGCACCAAAAGUUUCUUCCCUGUCUUCAUCACUGCUUCCUGUUGUUGUUUCCACAAGUAGAAAUCCUACCACUGUCUUCCCUACAUCUCAGUCAUCUUGCCUUGAUAAACCUGACAAAGCUGCAUCCUGAAUUUACUGCAGAUGAGCCACUUUGAAAUUCUGGGGCAUUCUUCAAACCUUGGAAGUUGUAACUAUUGAGUUAUUUCUUACAGUGUUUUAAACAGUUGAUUUAUUCCAUAUUACUAAGGUUACAGUUCUUAGCUGUUUACCUGUGGGGAUUUGAAGGAAGAAAGACUUCAGUUUGUCAGAAAUUUUCGGAGAGUUCUCUAAUAAAAAACUCAAAAAUGACCAAUGAGUUCAUGAAACAGUUUGGAGAAAUCUCACKUUUUGCACAUGCUCCAUCUUAUAUUAUGGACUGUUUGCCAGUGUGUUUAUGACAGUAUAUAUUCCUUUUUUAUUUGUCAAAUUUAUUUUUGACUUGUUUCUUUUAAAAAAAAAUUAUGCAUUGUAAAAAUGCGAUCUAUAGUAUAGGAUUGUACAUAUUCCUGAAUUCCUAAAAACCUGUGCUAAACAAUAUGUACAAAGAACUAUGCUGUCUUAUUUAUGUUUUGUUUACAUAAUGUAUAGUUUUUUAAGUAUUUUAGUAAAUUUGGACCAGUGUACUGUUUAGCAACAAUGCAGGAGAAUCUGCAUGUAAUAAAUCAAGUUGCUGUACUGCUUUGUGUUGGCAGUAGUUAAAAAUAUGUGGAUCUGGGAGAAUACAUGUGUGUGUGUGUGUGUAUUUAUAUAUAUACACAUAUAUACAUAUAUAUGUAUGUACAUACACAUAUAUAUACAUAUAUAUGUACAUAUAUAUACACAUACAUAUUUCUUUUGGGAUAUGGUAGAAUGACAUUAUUUAAUCUCUUCAGUUCUUCUCUGAUUUUACAUUUCACGUGAUUUCACCAGAUUUGGAAGGAAGGCCUCCUUAUUGCUCUUCAUGAUAAUAGGGCAGGAUAACACAUACUUCAUCCAUUCUUAAUGGUUUGGUUGUAUUGCCUAAAUAACUCCAGUGAAGUGUUAAGGCUACAAAUGGCUUCCUAGACACCAGUGUAAGUCACACUGAUUGUUGUUAAGGACUACCAUGCUUUGUCUCAAAGCUCAAAAGAUCUGUUGAACAGUUCAUUUUUCUCUGUUUUACAGUCCUGUAUGCAUUUCCACAUAUCUGGUAACUGUAUCAAGGUCACUCACUAAUCUUCCCUCUAGUCAUAACAAACUACCCAUUUGUUACACUGGUCAUGCUUUCUACAUCUGUGUGUUUUCUUUAGCUUGUCUGGAAGGAGACAGACCUUCUUUAGGUCUAUCUGGAAGGAGGCUGCUAAAACAUCACACAAUAUUAAAAGAAGCUUUAUUAGUGCUUUGAAUGGGGAUAAUUCACAUAUUGCAUAAACCUUCCUUUUUUUAUACAGUGUAUUCAGUAUUUAUUGACUUAGUUCAGCAUUUGAUCUGAYAAAGCCUUUGGGUUUUCUGCAGAUUUGCUGAGUUCACAACUGCCUGCUGCAGUGCUCAUGGAGAUAUGUUUUUUGAUAUCUUUUGUGGUUUUACAUAGAGAGAAAGGGUGCCCAUCUUAUGGAAGAUGAUGAUUUUAGAAUUGUAGUCUUCGUACGUGUUGGAUUUUUUGUGGAGUUUGUUGGUUUGGGGUUUUUAGAAACUAGAAGCAAAGAUUUCAGAAAAGCUUAUGAAUUAUAGUUGCCUUUUAAAUAGCUGUGACUUCAAAGGGGAUAAGAGCUUACAUAUCUGUAUUUAGCAGUGUUAGAUGAGUUUCAUAAAGAUGAAGCUUCAACCUUGCUCCUCAACCUAUUGAAUUUUCUACUUCCCUUCUCCUUUAGCUGUACACAGUUUGGCAGUUCAGUUAUUGGGUUGAGGAACAGGACCACAUCUUACUCCCUCUUUGUCGGCUGCCCUGUAAAUGGUUCUGGAAUAUAACCUGGUAACUAUUUAGCUAAAGUUCUGGGAAAAGGGGGGGAAGAAAGGCUUGUGCCUUCUGCAGAGGACGUUUCCUUUUGCACUAACUAAAAGAACUGCAUUGGGAAAUUGCAUCUUUCUGGAUCAGAUAUCUCCAUCUUACCUGAGCGCUGGGARAGAUGGAAGCUGUCAGUUUUGGAAUGAAAGAAGGUUUUUUUAAAUUUAGAGAAAGCUACCUGCUGCACAUGUCCUACUUCUCAUUAAAGGUGUUCUGUAACUGAUUUUGCAGACAUCUGGUAGUAAUGGUUCUGCCUGCCAGAGUUUACAGUACUAAGGAUUUUUAAGUCUGACUGCAUUUCACAGUUGAAUGCUGCAGGUGAUUUUUCCAGCAGAGGGAGAUGACAGAGAAUGACAGUUUCUUCAUGGACAUUUUACAUGUUCUAAAACCAUACAUACCAGCAACUCAUUUUCUUUCACUUGGUUGAACCUUGGAACUCACUUUCUUGAAUUUUUCUCUUUUUGCAAUGUUUUUUUCUCUUUUUUUUUUUAUUUUUUAUUUAUAUUUACUGUAGAGUGAGUUGUCUACAUUGUUUGGAAAGCUCAAGACUAGGUUCUAGUAUUGGAGAUGUUCUUGAUGGGAAAAAAUUCUUGCAUGACAUUUUUCUGUGUGCUAAUGUAGUAGAAAGAUGUAUGCUAUAAUUGAUUCUAAUAAAGGGAAAAGUUAGAAAAGUUGAACUGAGGAACUCAGGACUUGAGUAACUUGCUUGAAUGAUUUCCAAGAAAUUUUCUGAAUUAAUAUAAUAAUAUUUUAUGAUUUUCAUAAAUAUUUUAUAAUUUGGCAGACAUAAACUUUAUAACAUGAAAAGUUUGAUUCAGUUUGAUGAGASUUUUCAUACAUUUUUAUUCUCUGCUAGACAUAUGUUCACAUUCCAAAUCCUGUUUGAGAAAGACUUGAGACUGCUACGUAAUGGGCUUGCAACAUUCAUUGCAUAAACCCAAACAUUAGUAAUUUUUGUUAAUAAAAUCCCAAUUCUCAAUACUCCUGUCUGAUAAUAUAAAUGUCAGUCAGAGAUAAGCCUUUUUUUCAAAUGAAAGUAAAUACCCAUUGACAAUUUGCUAUGUACCUUUUGCUCUUUACCAAAAGUGUAGUGCUACCAUUAGCACAAAAAGUGGAUUAUAUUCAGACAGAAUGAAAAAGCAGAACUGCCUGUAUCUUGACUUGAAGUUAAAAACACAUUUAAUGAAGCAUAUAAACAUAGAAAUAUAAAUCAACCUUUUAAGAAAAUACGUUUCACUUUUCAGAGCUUGUAAAAUGCCUUGCUUUUAGACUCCAUCAGAUAUUUUAUACAGGUGUGCAUAUGCUGUAUCACAUGCAAAAUUUCAGGUUUAUUAACGACUUUGAAUAUUUUGAAUUACAUCCUUCUAUUUACUUGAACGGAAAUGUUCUGCACAAUGAUUUUGCUUUGCUAGGAGUAGAAAACUGCAUUAACAUUGCUUCACUGUUCAAACCCCCAUGUGUGUGAUGCCAUUUUCUUGUAGGGAUUCUGCUACACUAGAAACAAUAAAAUUUCACAAAUCUUAGGCAUCAUAGAAGUGUCUAUUCAAACCAAGUCAUUCAAAUGUGUACUGAUUUCACUGUGUGACAUAGCAAAGGGUUCAAUAUGUAAAGGGAAGCAAAAAUUCUCCUGCUAACUGAGUGUAGAGAAACUAAUCUGUUUCAUGGGAGUGGGUCAGAAAAUUACUGAAAGUUAUCGUUUGAAGGGUGUCCAUGGCCACCACAAUGUGUGUGGUUCAUAGUUGGUUUUGCUUAUACUUUGUGGUAGCGCAGAAUUUUAGUAGCCUGAAUUAAUUUUAAAGUAAAUUAAUGAUUUUCAUUAAGGCAUGGAUGUUUGUUAUGUUUGUUAAGGAAUGUUUCCUUUAAAAAGAAUGGCCAGAGGUGCUCACAAAGACUUCAUCUCAUGUAGACUGCUCCUUACAAGCUGCACCUAAAAUGAGUUUAAUGGCUCAAAGUAAAAUUAAUAAAAAAGAUUAAUAAUGCAGCAUCAGAUAUAAGGUCCAUCUAUCCUAUUAUCAUGGCCAUCUAUCCCAGCAUCACCUAGUCUCUUGAAGCAGUCAACAGUAGCAUUCCAAAAGAGCCCAGUAAGAGGCUUGAAUAUGCUUUUAGUAUCCACUAAUGUGUGGGCCAGUCUUCUUCACACAGCUGUGAUUUUUUUCAGUUUAAUAGCUUUCGGCGUAUUUCUCUUGAUGAGGUACACUAAUUCUUUCAAGAAUUCAUGCAAGCCUGUAAAAAAACUAUUACCAUGCASAGCAUCUACUGGUAAAGAGUAUGUAAAGAAAUCUCCUUUUUGUUUUCCAAACCUGUCAUCUGCUAGUUUCAUUUGAUGCAAAUAAUAUUUAUACUGUAAGAUACAAUAAGCCUUUGCUCUUUGUUAUUUUUUUCAUGUGGCCUAUGUAGACCUUUGCCAUGUUUGUUGUCUCUUUUCUAGAAUAAAGAGAAAUCGUGAAUUCAAUUAUUUCUUUCAGUGAAGUAAUCAGUUGCUGUUAUUGCUGUGUAUAUAUUUUCAAUUUUACUAUAUCCUGGAGAUAUGGUAUCAGGUGCAUAUUAUGAAAGCACUAUGAUCUAUUCAGCAGUGUGUUGAUGAUUUUCCUUUCAUAAUUAUUAUUUCAAUGUUGCUGGAUUGGUUUCUGCCUAUUGUUUAGCCUCAUACUAACUUUUUCAUAGAAGUAUCAAUUGUAAACCACCUUCACAUCAGUAUCAACUCAAUUAUCCUACAAAACUAUACCACUUGCAGAAUAUUGUAGCUGUAAAGAUACGAUCUUUAAACGAGGUUAUUGAAACCACUGCAAGUCUGGCACUCCCUAGUUUGCUUGGUUUAACUCUCUAGAAGGUGUAAAAGGAUAAACUGCUCUAAUGAUUUUGAACAGGCUGCUUUUUUAAUGUCAUUAUUUUUGUGUAUAGGGUACAAGAUAAGGUCUCUAUAUAGUCAUYUAAUACGUAUUGGCAUCCAGAUAAAGAUUUUUUAGUUGUCGAAGAAGCCACUUUGUGAAUGUCAGACAGAGUAACGAUAUUUUAAGAUAUUUUGCUUGAAACUACGGUAGCAUAAAAGCAAACUUUAACAUCCUGAUAUAUCUUGAUGUAUUUUCUUCUUUUCUCAAAAUAUGGAAUUGUUUGGUCAGUAAUCAAACCUGGAUGUCUUGCAUAAACUUGGAAGCCAGGAUACUUCAUUGUUUCAUAUGUGACUGGUCCAGAAGUUCUUCAGAAAGUUGGUGUUCUUACAGUAUUUUAUUACAAUCUCAGCUGAGUUAAAUGAAA